GGUCGAGCUUGCUCCCGCAGAGUGACAACAGUACACCUUUCUAUUGCCUACAGUAAUACAGCUGGCCUGUCUACAACAACUUGUUCUCCUUGCCGAGCGUCAACUUCUAUCCUCUACGGUUUCGAAUAAUAUCACAAGAGGCCGACUCCACCGCCUCGGACUCUUUCACCAUGAAGACCACCGGUACUGGAGGCGCUCUCGUCGCACUUCUCUCUCUCGGAUCGCUGGUUCAGGCGGGAACAUUGGUUCCAAGAGGGAGGAAUGCGGCUCGUAACAACACGCCCCGGGUGCUCACGGUUCCCAAGCCUCCUGCUAGUCUGCCAGGCACCAUGAGCGCAAGUCUUGCUGCAAGCGCAAGUCUUUCUGGAGCCCUUACUGUCACGGUGACCGAAACAGCCGCUGCCGUCACAAACUGUGCUUCGACAGUCACCGUCACGGUCGCGGAUCCGGCAGCAGCAGCAAAGACCGUCACGUCGAUCUCUACAGUCACCAUUGUGCACACCGUUGCAGCUGGCGCAGGAGCCCAGGUCCCUCCGACAUCCAUCCCGCUCAUGCAUACGAUCCCGACGUCUGCUGCGACGACAAGCAUCCCGCUCAUGUCCAUCAUCCCGACGACAACUCAAGCCUCCGCAGCCGUUCCGUCUUCUGCUGUCCCUCCGGCCUCAGCUGUGGUGUCAAGCUCGGCAGCCUCGUCCGCAUCCGCGUCCGCGUCCGUGUCAACCAGCGUCGUCUCGGCAUCAUCCGCCUCCGUCGCUGCUCCGCCUGCGUUGACUCCCGUGGUGCCACCUGCAGACGCAAUCGUCCAGCCCUCUGUGCUGCCUCCUCUGGUUUCGUCUUCGGCUUCAACUUCCGCAUCAAGCUCGGCGUCAAGUUCGGAAUCAAGCUCGGCAUCAAGCUCGACUUCGUCUGCAUCGUUGCCUGCCGAGUCAGCAGUGGCCUCCACGCCAGCCGCAGCACCUCCCGCGGCCACCUCAGCAACUGAAACUGCAAUCUCCGCCUCGACUGAGACUGUAGCGUCAUCUUCGACUGAGACUUCAGCGUCUUCUUCUUCUUCGGCUGAGACCGCAGCACCUUCUUCGUCGUCCUCGUCAGAGCAGUCGAGUUCCACCCCGACUACUUCCAGCUCCGCGACUUUGGAACCGUCAUCCUCGACGUCGACGUCAGUCCCAGCCGCAGCAGCGUCCACGAUUGAUCUGGCACCCGGAGGAAGCCAGGCGCGUCCUUCCACGUCUUCGCCAGUCGUGACGCCGGCACCCGCGAUCCUGCCCGGCGCAGCCCUGCCCGGAGUCAACACGUUCCUGACGGCCAUCAACGAAGGUCCGUCGGUCAACCUGGGCGGGCAGCCUCUGAGCAGUGUUCUUGAUCUUGGCAGCCUGGCAAAAUAGGGCCCUAGCAGCAGCAGCAGCUUGGGGACACGCGGGUAAAGCUCUUUCUCUCUAGCUUUGCCAUGGUGGACCUCCGCCGGGAGGACCGGGUAGCUAAGGAUAAUGCGGAGAAAGGGGGUUAUUAUUCUAGGAUAUUCUGACUUUUCUCGCGCGCGAGAAGGUCAAUCUAUUGAAUUUUAUACCUUUUUCUUUCCCUCCCGCCCCCUCCAUUGUUCCCUCCCAACUCGCAU